CGAGACCACCGCGCGCGCAACCAAACAGCAGCGCCAGCAGCAGCAGCGACCGCACGCCACACCCAUCCUUCCCCUCACUUGUCUGCCAACUUCCGCUGCACUUCGACAACCACCGCCGCGGACUCUGCGCACUCCCCGCCAGCUCCGCCACCUCGCCGUCGCAAUAUUCUAUACGGCGCAUCCCUUUGGCCUGCGCCCCCGUUCUCCACGCAACCGAUCGACAGCCUCUAGCGUCAGCGCGAUCGACAACGACGACAUUGCGGAGUGCAACGGCCAUAACAUUCGUCAACAGACAGCGUCAGCGGAGACAUGCUGGUGAUAUAGACUUUCGACAUUGUCAGCGACCAGGUUCCGGGUUACAGAAGCCUCGAGGUCAAUCAAGGCGCUCACGGGCCACGGAAGCAUCGUCUCAGGGACAACAGCAACAACACCUCCAACACUUUCCGGCCAGCACCACGACCACGGCGACGACGGAACGACUGGGCACACCACUGGCGACGACGAGUGGGAGGCGGAUAGAUUGUCGAGGAGAGUGAGAUAACAGCGGCAGCACGCUGGCUGCGAGCCAGUAGCAGCAGCGUCGUCUCCAUCGGCGCAUUCUUCCUACACCACACUCGUUUGAUAUCACACACACCCGACCACACGUAGGACAAGAUGUUGCGCCCGGCGACUCCGCUUUCUAUUAUUUUCUUCGUGGCUUUUGUGCUGCUCUUGCUUAGCACAUUGUCCACACCCGUCAUCGAGGGUAUUCCGCUCGGCUCUUACCAGGGCUACAACUUCGGCGUGCUGGGAUGGUGCAGUGACGAUGGGAGAUGCGAAGGGCCGGUAAUUGGUUACAGUACAGAUGGCCUCUUCUCCGGCGGCACCAAUGCCAAUAACGAAGCCUUCUCCCUCCCGUCUUCGACACGACAUAGCCUAUCAUCGAUUCUAAUCGUGCAUCCGAUCGCCGCACUCUUCGCAUUAAUAUGCUUCGGUCUCGCUGUUGCGGCGCAUUUCCAUGGACCAUCGCACUCGCCGCGCUAUCUCCUCGCAUUGUUGAUCCUCACCUUCCCGACCUUGUUGAUCACACUCCUGGCGUUUCUGGUGGACAUAUUACUCUUCGUACCGCACAUGCAAUGGGGAGGAUGGAUUGUUCUUGCAGCGACGAUCCUCAUCGUCGCGUCCAGUAUAGUAACAUGUGCGAUGCGAAGGACACUAGUAAGCAGGAAAGCACGCAAGAAGCGCAUUGCCGAAAACGCGGACAUGAAUGGUCAAAAUUACUACGAGAAUCUGGCGGCGAACCGAAUGCUGGUCGAUACAUUGCCCAAGGGAGACGUGCUUCCCAGAGCAGAGAGUCCUCCGCCCAUGAGUGGAAGUACUGCUGUCGAAAAGGGCAAUGGGCAAUAUGCGACUUUUGAGAUGAAGAGGCCGGACACGAACAGUGACGGCUACGCAGACGAUCGUGUGCCUCUCAACCCACACCGCGAUCCGAGCAUUCGAUCUACGAGCACGAACGGCCGACGACCCACUUUCGACGAGAAUGUCCCACCAAUGCCACGACCGAGCCAGGAACAUGGCAUGCAAAGGUUCCCAAGCAGAGAUCAGUACGGAAAUCCGAUCGCAGAAGGUGCAGCAAUGGGAGCGGUUGCUGGCGGUUUGAGGCAUCAGAACUCAGAGGGCAGCAUGGGCAGUGGCCGAUCCAAUGGCUAUCCUCCACGAGGGAGAGGCUAUGGCCCGCCGAACCGCGGCUACGGCCCACCUCGAGGAAGGGGAGGCUAUCCUCCACCACCUGGCUUCAAUGGGCGUGGGCGAGGAGGUUUUGGGCCGCCACCUCCAGGAUUCAAUGGACGAGGCAGAGGGUACGGGCCCCCGCCACCUGGCAUGAUGGGCAGAGGAGGGCCGGCGCGGCCAAUGCCUCCGCCUGGGUAUGGAGCAGACCCAUACUAUGGUGCACCAAGGAACACGCCUCCUCCUGCGCCAUUGGAUGAUCAAUUCGUUGCAGGUCCCAUCGGACAAGCGAUCGAGAUGGAUGAGCGGACUGGCAGCCCUGCGAAUGCGCACAAUGCCUACGGUCUGCGUGAUAGCGAUGGCGAUGUCGCAGGAAUGGUUGGCCUAAUGCAAGGACGCUCAGAUGCGCCGAACGGUGAUCAGCCUCUUGCAUCGCCAUCGAGCUUCUACUCUGGCGAUCAGAACUACGUGCCACCACGGCAACAGUGGGCCGGCCAGCGAUCACCACUCUCAGCACAGCACGAUGCGCCCUUACAGAUGCCAGAUGCACAAGCCUCGAAAGCGACGUUCGAGACUGUGUCGUCAAUGCAAGACCCGUCGCACGCAACGCAAUCAUCACGAACAUUACCACUCAGCCCCGUUCCAGCAUCUCCGGAGCCUGGGCAAGGUCCACGAAGUCCACCUCGUGUGCGCCAUGAGCGCUCCGGGUCACAAACAUACUACGAAGACGUUGAUCCUCGCUUCGCCGAGGACCCAGCACCGCAACCGCCCUCGGCCGUGCACCCCGCACAUCGACAGUCUGGCAUUCCCAACGCCCUGACACCCGGUGCAGCACAACGAGCAGUAUUGCACGACGGCCCCGCACAUCAGCCGGUCUACCAGAACGGCAGCACACAGCACUAUCGUAUGAACUCCCCUCCUCCUCCUGUAGAUAGCACACGGAUCCUCUCGCCUCAUGCUGAAGAAGCUGAAGUCGCGGAUGAUGCACGGCACACGACUGACCAUGAUGAUAGCGACGAAUCUCUAAGACGUGAUCAUCAUCAUCAGCUUCAGAAUCUUUCGCAUCAUCAUCCGCACUUUGAGCACAACAUCACGCCUCCGGACGAAAAUCAGCAAUAUGCAUCGCAAGAACGACGUUCUAGUUACGCGGGUUCGGAUCCGGGUGUGAGGAUUGUCUCUGGUCCGGGAUAUCCGUUGGAGAUCAUACCUGAUGGAGCGAGAAGUCCAGGCGCAGCAUCCGAGUCGAGUCACUUUACAUCUGUCUCGCAAAGAGGUGUCAAUCCGAACUGGAGACCUGGUAUGCCUGUGCAAGGGCCUCCAGGUUUUGGAAUGGGUGGCGGAUCCGAGGUACAGAUGAGGAGGAACGAAGACGUGAUAUUGAGCGGUAAUCCGGAUUUCAGUCUGCCAAUUCCAGGAGUCGGAAGAGGGAGAGGCGGUAGCGGGCUAGGAAUGAGAGGGAGAGGCGGAGGAGGAAGGGGCAGAGGCGCGAGAGGCCCGAGUCCGGCCUUGGGAUUAACGCCCGCGGGACGAUACCCCACACCUGAUGUCGCCGCUGCUCCUGCUCCUGCGGUUGAUGGUCCGGGAAUGGUGGUUCCGGUGUUAGGAACAGGAACGGGCGGGAUCCCACCUGCACAUGCAGUCGGGUGAGACGUUUUGGAUGUGAUGAUACACAGUUUUUGAUGGACUUUUGUUGUUUUGGCGAAUGCAUUUUGGGCGGGAUUCACGCACGCAUUUCUUCGUGCGGUUAGCGAUGUUCUACUUCUUUCAUGGCCAGACCGAGGAAAACGGGCUUUUAGGGAACCUCCUUUUGAUACCUUGUGAUACAAUGAUGAG